CAUUUAUUGAGAUUAAGACACCAUGGUAGAACAAGACGUUUCUGCAGAUGCUGUACCUGCUGUGGACUUCAACAUCGAUGGUAUCCUCAAGAAGAUGCUUAAACUGUUCAACAACCCUUCUGCCCCACUUGAAAUGCCGGAAUCUCAGCUGAGAAAACUGUGUAUGGCAGCACGUGAUGUGAUCAUGUCGCAACCAGUCCUUCCUGAGCUCUCUGCACCUGUCAACAUCUGCGGUGAUAUCCACGGACAGUUCGAGGACUUCAUAGAGCAGAUGAAGAUAGUUGGAAUUCCUCCCCAUCAGAGCUAUUUGUUUCUGGGGGAUUACGUCGACAGGGGGAAACGAUCGUUGGAGACAAUUUGUUUGCUGUUCGCUUUUAAAGUCAAGUAUCCAGACAACAUCUUUCUUCUGCGCGGCAAUCACGAGUGUGCUUCAAUUAAUAGGAUAUACGGAUUUUACGAUGAGUGCAAGAGGCGCUAUAACAUCAAGAUAUGGAAAACAUUUACCGACGUCUUCAACUGCCUACCCUUAGCGGCGUUGGUAGAGAACACAAUAUUUUGUAUGCACGGCGGUCUGUCGCCUGACCUGUUAGACCCACGUGAUCUGAACAAGAUAGAAAGACCGCUGGAUAUCCCCAACAAAGGUGUCUUGUGUGACCUACUCUGGAGUGACCCUGACCCGGAUAUAGUGGGAUUUGGUGAUAAUGACAGGGGUGUCAGCUUCACGUUUGGAGCUAACGAAGUCAGCAAGUUUCUAAAACGGAACAAUCUUAGUCUCAUAGUCAGAGCUCAUCAGGUUGUUGAAGAUGGUUAUGAGUUCUUCUGCAAACGGAAGAUGGUUACGUUAUUUAGUGCUCCCAAUUAUUGUGGAGAGUUCGAUAAUGCAGCCGGUAUCCUUACUGUUUCCAAAGAUCUGGUGUGCUCCUUCCACAUUUACAAGCCAAAGCUAGUAUCAGUCGUUACGAACAAGAAGAAAUGAAACCCUUGAAGUCAAGUGGGACUGACUUAUACCCCCUAAACUUACAUUCUACGACAGCUUUUCGUAAAGCGAACUGAUUCGUUAGAUACUGUCUAGUAAUAAGAGACUGUAGUUAUGUGAAGUGACGUGUAUUGGACAAAACGCGUACUAUUCAGACUUAUGAUUUGUCAGAAAUUCAGCAGUAAAACAUCUUGUUACAUUGGAAAGUAUUAAUAAUUCCACAUUGCUCUCUGAUCUUACAUGUUGGUGUGGUCUUACUCCUGACCUCGGCAUUGAUAGUUAAUUAAUUGAUAUUAGACCAUCCAAUUCGAUAGGAACACGCGAUUAGUUAAAAUAUUAAUGUAGUGACUGCUAGCUUCAGUUUUAGGACCUACGCAAGGAGCAUUGGUGUUCUUUAUAACGGACAGCCGAUUGUCAAUUCAGAAGUGAGAAAAGUGUACAUAGAUAGUAUAUAACUUGAAUUUUAUGUAAUAUAAAAAUACAUUUUGUACUUUGUGUGUAACUGUUAAUUUUGUUAGUUCUUUUUUACCCUUAUUAUUGUACAUAGAAAAUGUAUAAGACCAAGCAUUGACGAUCCCCUUCGGUACGACCUUGUUUGAAAAUUAAUUUAAUAUAUUGAUAUAUUUAUUUAAUCCGAAA